ACAUAAUUCUGCUAUGAUUCCCUGUGUAUUGAUCUGAGAUAAAUUUGAGACUUUUUUUUGAGAUAUUGAAUUUGAAACAUUUGCACCUCAAUAUUUUCUAUACUCCUGGACUAAUAUGAUACUUAACUUAGACAUAUUGAGUAUACGCAAUCUUUGAGUUGUAAGGUGGAGAUUUUCUACUAAAGUCAUGCACCCCUGCCUUGCCGUUCCAUUGCCCUGCUAGCACUGUCCGUGCCUUUCUUUGCCUACCCUUCCUAUGCCUUUUCUGGUGCCUGCCUACUAUGUCCUUGCCUGUGGCUCCCAUGCCUUGCCUACCCCUGUCUUCCUGAUUCCUCUUCCUAUUUCCUUGCAUGCCUUUGCCUUGGCAACCUCUCCGCAACACUUUCUAUAUUGAUUUCCAGUUUAUUCUAGUUUUCUUAAAACAUAAGAGUCAGAUCUUAUUACAUUCAUAAAAUUUGGUUACUAGACGAAUCCUCUUCCAACUUAUGGUUUUUUAGUAUUGAAAAGCCUGUUUCUUAUACGAUCACUUCUGUGGCGCACAAUUUUUGUUUAGCUUGGUUAGAUUUACAUUCAACAUGGAGAAAAAGAAAGUUGAUCAUAGAUCUGGAAAUUAAUUCUUUCUUUUUAGAAAUUUUAACCCGGGGCAUUUUUAUCUUUCUAAAAUAUUUCUAAAAAGUGCUGUUUUUAAAAACCCGUGUCUCGUGUCUAUUUUGAGUACACAAAUCAAUCAUCGAAUGGAGUUUACAAAUUGAACUCGUUUAUUUGGUUUUAUUUUACCGAAAGAUAUUGUGCAACAGCAGAAUAAUCGAGUCAGCAUCGUAGACACUAUGCCAAAUUCUUAGAAAUGUAUGAAUAGACUCGAGGCGGGAUUGUUGCCAAGUGAUUGUAUAUUCUCUGCUAUUCUAUGAGAGAAUGCGAUGAGGUUGAAGUUUGUUUAGAUUGUGCAAAGAUAUUUUUCAUUAAAAAUUCGUCAUGUAUGACUGAACAAUUUAAAUAUGUUUAAUUCAUUCCUUCCAAGUCUACAAGAUUAUAUCACCGAUCAAGACGUCCAAGAAUUUCAACGCCUUAAACGGAUAGAUGAAAUUCAAAAUAUUUUGAAGGAAAAUCCAGAUAAGAACAUAAUACUAAAGGAGUUUGUCAGAAAUGCUGAAAAUGCGGGAGCAUCCAGAAUUGUCUUCAUCCACGAUGAAAACGAUCAUCGUUUUAUCAAAGGACAACAUUUUUCUUCUGAUAUUAUUGCCGAGUCACAGGGACCAGCGUUGUAUGUGUUUAUGGAUACCCUAAUGACUCCUUCUGAUUGGGAUGAGCUGAGUUCAAUCCACCGCAAAUUAUUGCGUGACGAUUUCAACAAGAGAAGAAGAUUUGGUGACAAGUUUCAAUCUGUUUUUCAUAUCAGUGAUCAAAUGGUCGUGGCAAGUGGCAGCAGGAUGGCGUAUGUUGAUCCACUAACACGCGUUCAGUCGGAUCUUGAAUAUUUGGAUUUUUCCCAAUCUCGGGAUAGAAUGCUGUUUGCUGAUGUUUCACUAUCAGAUUUUAACUUGUUUAAAAAAUUACCACCAAGAUUUUCGCUUGAUGCUGAUGGUUUUUGUAAUGGUACCUUAUUUCGAUUUCCUCUUCGACAUGUACGAACGGAGCUGUCAAAAGCAUGUUGCACGAAAGACCAUCUAACAGUCCUAUUUGAAUCCUUUAUAGACAAUGGCCAUUUAAAUCUUUUGUUUGCAAAAAAUCUGGAAACAAUAUCAUUGUACAAGAUCGGUACUAAAAAGAAUACUCUUAAAGAGGUUUUUAUGCUAAAAAUAACUGAGGGAUCUUCGCAACAAUAUCAACAGAAGAGAAAAGACUUUCAUAAUCUUAUGAAAGGAUGUACGGGAGAACAGAAUCUCGGCGAGGAAGUGUUGAACCAUCAUGUUAAAAUAGAAGAACGAAUACACGGCUUACGCAGUGUUUGCUCAUACGAUGUGAGCGAACAGUUUGGUUGCCAUGGUGAUCUCAACAAUGUUGCUAUUAGUAACAAUUUAUUUUACAAUCCCUACAUCGCAGUUGCUAUGCCAAUGGAUGACGUCGAGGCUGGUGUUGUGUGCAGUUCUGCAGAAUUAUUAAAUCCAGCUCCCUCUGGAUUCCCGGUUUAUAUAAAUGGUGGCUUUGUCGAUUCGUUAGAUAUAUUGACGUGGAAAGAUUCGGAUUGGAACGACCUUUUGGUGAAGCAUCUUCUUCCAAUCGUUUAUGUCAACUUGAUGAAAUUUAUGAUGCAGGAAGAUAGAAAAUUUGACUUGAUCUACCAACUGUGGCCUGAUCUAAAUUACGUAAAUCAAAAAUGGCUGCCUUACUGCGGAAAUAUUUUAGCCAAACUAACAGCAAUUCCAAGUAUGUUUGUUGAAAACAAAAAAGAAUGGGUGUUUAUUAAAGACGCUGUUUUCAUCAAUGAAAGAAGUUUCAGAUCAAGAAAUCAACAUCUUGCUGUGUUCAAUUUUCUGGAGAGUUUAGCAAUCAACGUUGUCAACGUUCCCGACCGUAUUGUGAACACAUUUAAAACGCAUUUUAACGUAGUGAACAAAGAAAGUAUACAAUUACUACUUAAACAUUAUCCGCAGUAUUACCAUCAACUGACUACUCCAGAGCAAUCCCAUGUCUUCUCGUUUGUCUUUCAAACUUUAAGCGAUUUGAAGAACAUAAGUGGUCUAAUGUUGCUGCGUCUCGGAAAUGGACAAUACUCGUGUAUCCAACCACGAAGUGAACAAAAUGCAAUGUAUCUUACAACAAAUGUUGCAACGAAAGAAAUCUUACCACGAUGGAAAAAUGUCGUGGACGAGGAAAUGUUUUACAACAGAGAGAUGUUGUUGACACUUGUUAUAGCUGCAGCACGUUCAGGUCAAACGAACCUGGUGUUAUUAGACAAUUUCGAGAAUGUCCGACACGCUGUAAUAUCAAACCUUCCACAACAAUGGACGUCAACUAACCAAAUUCUUGUGGAGUGGCCAUUAAAUGAUCAUACGUUCCCUGAAAAAUCAUGGCUGUCUUAUUUCUGGAGGUACGUCAAAACACAACGAAUCCGUAUGGAGAAGUUGGAUGGUCUUCCUUUAAUUCCAAUUACACAACUUAGGAAGCAGUACUUGUAUAAACUUUGUCAACCACCUUUACUUAUGUGCGAUGGUUUAUCAAAUGGGUUGGAAGAUUUCUUUCGUCAGAUCGGUCUAAUAUUUUGUGACGGAAAGGAAAUACCUUCAUUGAUAGACGAUUUGGUGUCUGCUGAUAGAUUACUACUACCAACUAAUGGUGUUCUACAAGCUUUUCAGAAUAUUGGCGUGUAUAAAGGAGUGGAUAUGAUCAACGUGAUGUUAGAUAAAUCAUCUCCUGAUGUACAUCAAUCUAUUCUUGAAAUUAUAUUACAAUCCACUGAGGAAAUACCUGCUGUGAUUUGCGACUUAAAUUUGUUGACGGCUGUUAACGGAAACACUCGUAUCUCAAUUAGGGAUGGAAAAAUUGUCAAUACAGACGACGUUCCAAAAGUUUGGAAUUGUGAUUUUGGAAAAUUUGUUAUCUCAGAGUCCAUAUCCGAUAUUGUUAACGGUCGAUUGCAUGACAGUUUGACAUAUUGGUCAUUCGAAGAUAUCUCUGCCUUUGUCUUACAAAAUUAUGAAUUACUUUCUGAAGAUGAGGUGGUUUCUUUCAACGAAUUUCUUCUUCAAAGAUUGCCGCAAUGUGAAGUGUCAGAAAUCUUCCUUGAUACUUUAAAAAACAAUAUUUUUGUCACCAGUGAAGGAGUGCGUUGCCAACCUAAAGACUUGUUCGAACGCACAGAAUUAUUCGACCUUCUCUUUUCCGGAGAGGUAGGAAGGUUUCCUGAUGAAAACUUUGACGCAGCAACAUUGAAGCUGAUUGGAUUAAAAUCAACAAUUAAUGACAUCACUGUAGAGGACAUUGGAUCCAGCAUUCAAAGCAUUAUUAAUUUAUCUACACCCAGAGAAAGAAUCACUGCAAAAGCUAAAGCCAUACUAUCCAUCAGCUUUAAAAGAAAGUUUGACUUGGGCGGAUAUAUGGAAUUUUCAUGGAUGCCGAUUCAAGAACACCGUCCUACGGAUUACCCUUCUUCACUGGAGUGGUUUGGAGGUCUGGAAAAGAGAGAAAGUGUUGUGCAUUUAGAAGCCGUGGGUAACAUAUAUGCGCCCAGGUUUAACCAUUUAGUUGGUUCCGUCUCGUACAUUGUUGAUGAGGAAUUAACUGAAGAACUCCAAAAGCUUCAUUUUAUAGCUGUUCCAACGUUAGAUACUGUUCUAUCACACUUGGAAAAGAUUCACGACAUAGAAGAUUUUGCUGAGGAGGAAACACUCCUUUAUUGCAAGAUGAUCUUUGACGUGUAUAAAUAUCUAGCUUUGUUUGAUGUCAACGAUGUUGCAAGUCGUUUCAAAGAAAACAAUUUCAAGAUAUGGCAAGGUAAAUCCUUUUUAUCUUAUGACCAGAUUUCACUGGCGGAAACGAAAGUUGAUGUGAGUCCCUACUUCGAGUUGCUGCCAAAAACGUUCCCGAAAAGUUUUAAACAGGUCCUGCAAAAACUGGGUUGCUGUGGCGAGACAGAAGAGACAGUGUAUGUUGAAGUUCUAGGAAAAAUGAAGGUAAAAUAUGAUGAAGUCGGCCACGAGACUAGCGACGCUGAUUUAAAGCUCGCUUUGAAAAUUACAACAGCCUUAGCAGGAAAAGCACUGGAUGAUGAAGUUAAAUCGUCAAUAUUUAUCCCAGUGGAGUCAGAAACACUAAAAUUUUGUUUAGUUAAGGAUUGCUUCUAUUUUGACUUUAAAGAAGACACAAGUACUGAGCACAUCAAAGAUUUCAACAUAGUGCAUCGUAAGUUAGGUAGAAAGAUUGCUGAUCAACUUGGCGUGCCCUAUUUAGUAUGCGAAAAAAUGAUCUCAGAUGUCAGUUCUAGCAAAAAUCAGGAAAUUUUAAUAUCGCGUAUAAAGAAUAACAUAGAUGAACAAUCUAGCGAGACCGCAUUGCCGGUCCAACUCAUUCGAAACGGCGACAGUAUUGGUGCUACGAAAGUUUGUUUCUUAUUCGAUGAACGACAAAACAAGAAUUUUAAAACAGCGUUAAUAGAUGGAGGCAUGAAAGAUUGGCAAGGUCCUGCUCUUUGGGUGUAUUUUAAUACAUGUUUCAAAGACGAAGAUUUCCAAAUUCUAAGUGACAAUUGCACUGGGAAAUCAAAGACGCGAGAUUUUCAUGCAGUAUACAGCAUAACUGACGUCCCAAGUUAUUUCAGUGGAGACACAAUGUUAAUAGUUGAUCCACAUAUGAAGUAUCUCGGGAAGGCUUGCGAACAGAAAAAUAUACAUGCCGUCAAAAUUCCUAUAACGCCAUCCAAUGUUAAUGCAAAGAAAUUCUCAGAUCAGUUUAAACCGUUUCAUGGAAUAUUUGGCGCAUGCGUAGAUUACAGUAACGAAAACGUGAAACAGUUUGACGGAACUCUCAUCAGGUUACCAUUAAGGAAUGACACUACAGCGGCUAAAAGCAAACUGAAGCAAGACUUAGUGGACAUGAAAUUGUUGUUUGAGGGUGUGAAGCGUUUGUUGAGUGACUUACUUCUCUUCACUAAACAUGUAUGUUCGGUUGAGAUACUUUACUUGAAUGCAGAAUCCAAAUCGUUCGCAGAAAAUCUUACACUCUGUUCUGUGCAUAGAAAUAUUAUCUUGCCUCAAAAUAAGAUGGAUAAUCAAGACAUAUCAGGCAAUGAGGAGAUCGAAGAAAGAAUGUCGUGUGUCGAAAUACAAGGUGAAGAUGAUAAAACAAAAAAAUGGUAUGUUGCGCGCGAUGACCAGUCAAGCGAAUCAAAUAGUGCAGUAGCUAUUGGAUACGAAGAGAAAGAGGAUGGGACAGUGACGCUGGUGACAGAUGCUGAAAUAAACAACAUCUACUCCUUCUUACCACUGCAAGUUAAAAGUUUCUUGCCUGUUUCUAUACACGACGCUAGGUUAAGUGUUGCUGCUAUAGCAAGUGGAAAAGUUGAGAAAGAGAUAAGUCGUAAAAUAGUAGAGUUAUAUCUCAAGUUAAUUGUCCAACUGUGUAAACAGUUUCCUGGGUGGUCAUUGAAAGAAUGGAUUCAAAUGUUUCCCCUGCAGAAUCAUGUCCAGCUUCCAUUUGUAUUUGAUAUAGCGCAGCAGGUAACAAAACAUUUGUGCACGUGCAGCGAAGCUGUCAUUCCGAUUGGUGGAAACGUGUGGAUGAAGUGGGAUAAUGUCAGAUUUCUAACGAAAACGUUUGAUCAGAAAUUAACUAGAUUAGUUCUAUCCUAUAUGAAUUGGUAUUACAAACAGUCAAAUCAGAAAGAGUUGGUGUGUGUCGAGUUAUCAGACGAAUUUACAAGAUUAUUUCCAGAUGAAGUUUCCAAGCAUACUGUAAACGAAGAAAAUUUCCUUGGUGUAUUUUUCAAAUCUUUACACUGGGAUGGGGUAGAUCAGAAAGUGCGAGAUGAAAUCUUGAGCUUUUUGUUAAACGAAUAUAUAGUGCACAAAAAGCUGAGAAAAUACCUGUCUUCUACACCUUGCAUCCCUACCCAACCACGUGGUAGGCUACGCUUACCAAGUGAGCUUGUUAUGCCAGACAGUAGAGUUGGGGUACUGUAUCAUACUAAUGAGGAAGUAUUUCCAGAAACUAGCUUUCAAACUUCCACCUUGCAAGCGUUGGGCAUGGUUGCAGUUACACUGUCGUGGGAGAGAUUGAUUAAAAGAAUUAAGUCUGUUUGGUUGUUAGCUCAAAAUAAAGACGACAUACCCUGCGCUAUCUUACGAAGUCAAUACCUCGUGCAGUUUAUCGAGGAGAAGUUACAAAGAGAUAACCUGUCUGACGAAGCACGCAACGAGCUGCUACAUGAACCGUUCAUACCAGUGUUAAAGAAAACAGACGACUCGUUGUUUUCGAGUUGGUAUAUGGAUGAACGUAUGUUUGCUUCAAUAGGUGAGGUGUAUCCUUCCAAAUAUAAGGAUAUUGCGUGUUUAUCUGUCCUCCUUUGUGGUGAAGCUUUUGAUAAAAUUGUGAUGAAACUAAAACCAGGUUGUGCGCCUGCAAUAGACACAGUAAAACUGCAAAUGGUCAAAUUAAACGAAAUUCACGAAGCUGGUUGUAAAGAUGAUCCUAGAUUUAUACACACGUUACAAACCUUUUACGAUUACUUGAAGCACGAUGUAAAAAACGUCCCAUAUGAAGAGCUGAAAAACCUCAAAGUACUAUACACUAAUACUGGUGAACUUGCUCUUCCUCAUCGAAUGUAUUUUGAAGUUUCCCAGGAGAUUCCCAACUAUAUACACCAACUUCCAGCGCUUUUGAGGCUUAAAUUUCCCGAUGUAAUGUUGAAUCUUGGUGUAAGAAAGCAUUGUGAUGUUAACACUUACGUGCAAGUGUUACAAGAAGUCAAAGAAGACUUCACAUCCCGUCUACCUGAGAGUAUCUUGCACACAGUUUUGUACCGCGUCCUGCCACAAAUGAUUACCGCUGAUUGUUCCGGAGACAUUUUUCUACCGGACAGAUCUGGUGUUAUGCGAAACGUCAGAGAUAUGUAUUUUACGGAACAGGUUUUGCUACAUGGUCAACAAUCUGAUCAAUUCAUCCACGAAGGAAUUUCAAAAUCACUUAGUUGUCGUCUCGGCAUUCGGCAGUAUCAAAGACCACAAAAUGCAAUACAACUCGCAUCUGAUGGCGGAAAUCUUGUAAGUUCACCUUCUUUAUUUAGAGCGGAUUUUGUGCCAAAUACUCCUAUUCAGGAUGUACUGAAAGAAAUGCUGUUUAACGCUGACGAUGCAGCUUGUACAGAAGUUGAAUUUGUACUCGAUUCUAGACACCGUGUCGCUCAAACUGAUUUAUGCAACCAAUGGAAAGAGAUGCUAGGACCAGCGUUAAUAUUAAAAACGAACAGUGUGUUCACGAAGGAUAACCUCCAGUCUUUUCCAUCUUUAAACAGAAUUAACUGCGAUGUUCUAACUACAGGAAUGUACGGUCGCGGCGACGUUGUAGCUUGCGCGAUCACUGAUUAUCCGUCCGUCCUAACACAUGUUGCUGCGUGUAACAGCGUGUUAAAGAUAGUCGAUUGCAACGCUUUGUCCGACGACAACGCCAUAGAAUCUGGGUAUUUUUUCCUUGAAAACGCAUACAACUGCGAGGAAGUAAAAGAAACUUUUUUGGUGGAAAGUUUAAAUCCAACUGAUUCAAAGGAUGUCACUUUGUUUCGCUUUCCCUUGAGGACUGAGAACAUGGCGUAUCAAUCUCAAGUUUCUAAUAAUGUAACAACAAUUGACGAUAUGAAGGAAAUUAUUGGGGCUUUCUUGAAAGAUGUGCCAGGUUUUCUUUUAUUACUAAGACAUGUCGAAAAGCUAUCCUUCAGUGUUAUUGACGAAAAUGGAAAAGUUGCAAGUAAUGAUUUUCGUCUGCGAAAAUAUGGCGCAAGCAAGCAAAAAGUAAAGAAUUUCCAAAACUUUGAAAAAAAACUUCAUCGAAACUUAGGAAAUGUCACGCAUUUGACGCGCGAGUCACAGCGUAUAUUGUACAACGCGUGUCUGCAACACACCUCUUCAACUGAUACUCACGUUCAUCACGUAAAUAUGCUGAAGCAAGUUGGUUUUUCUGACUUGACCGAUUUGGACUCAUCUAUCGUGUCAUUGGUUGAAAACAACGAAUUGAAAUUAAUACCAAUGGGUGUGGUAGUUUCCAUUUUGGAAGACAACGCAUGUCCAUACUGUGAAAGUGUGUCAACUUGUAACCCGGAUGAGCUGUUUCAUGCUGCAGAUAAUUUCUAUAAGGGUCUGUUAAAUAACGAAUUAAAAGAUUGUAUAUUCGGUGGAAAUUUUGUUUUGAAUGCGCAAGAACAAUCGUACGGAUCAAGUGGAGAGUUAAAGCAAGAAUGGAAUCGGCAUGUUUUGAAAAACUGCGUGGUACCUUGUUAUGUCGAACAUGUGGUAACUUCAGCAGAAAGGUUAGCAGUUGAGGAUGUAGGUACUUCAGAAGAAAUGCUACAAAAGGUCAACAGUUUUUAUCAACUAUUUCCAUCACUAGAAGAUUUCAACCCUUAUGAUUUUUGGGAUAGUUUCGUUGAGGAGUUCUACCGACAAAUUUUAAGUAAACGCGUAUUAUCUGUUUUAAAAGUUGAAGAAAACUGUCUGGCCUUCUACACCCCGAAAGAAUACUUGGUAUAUAUACCAGCAACAAGAGAACAUUCAUUCAUGUGUGUUAAAUCACAACUUCUUUGUGUUCUUCAGCGAUGUAUGAUCACAACAGAUGUAUUACCAGAAAGAAUUACUUCAAAUAUUGAAAAAUACGGAACUUCCUUAACCAAGGUAACGCCUGCGUUGGUGCGAGAACAGUUAAAUAAAGUUAAAAAUUCAAUUUUGCCAGCACAAGGAGAGAACAGAAAAGUGAGCGCUUCUAUCUUUCAAAACAUUGAAGAUACUUUAACUUUACUGCGCUACUGCUUAAGUGAGGAUAAUAACGUAGAAGAACUUCCACUUUGUAUAGCUGCAGAUGGGAGCAUCUCAGAAUUUUCAUCAAAGAAACCCCUCUUCUUUACGCGAUUCAGCAACAUAUUUGUAGAUCAUAAAGGCUUGUUUGUUCAUCCUCUACUUUUUCAAACUUUAUUGGAAGUUAAACGUGAUUGGAGUGAACAAGCUUCCUUUAAAGAUCUAACAUUUGAAGCAUUUUUGGAGCUCUUUGAGGAGUAUGUUCCUACAGGAAGCUAUUUGAACAGUUCAUCGUUUGCUAGUGGUGUUGAGCUACCAACAGAAGAAUGGCUGAACAGGGUGUGGAUGUACCUACUCGAAACAAAUGACGACCGUGAUCAAAUGUUUCACAGCAUCUCAAGCUUGCCGUUGCUACUCACAACAUACAAGGAUAAAAAAAUGCUACUUCCAGUUGGUAGAGGAAAGGCCAUUAUGUUUUGUGACGACUGCAACGAUGACAGUCAAGAUUUGAUGAAAGCAUAUGGAGAUGGUCUACUUGAAGCAAGUCACAUUUUUGAUUAUGAGAUAGCUAAGCACAUUUUCGGUUGUGUGAAUGUUGCUGAAAAUUACAUCGAUGCAAUGUUGCUGUCUUUUGAAUGUGGAAAUAACAAACCACCAACACCGUAUCAAGCUCGACUUAUACUUGAGCAUUUAAACCAACAAGUAAAAGAACUUGGUGAAAAUUAUGUAUUGAAACUGUGUUCGUUACCAUUGUUUGAAAGAUUGGAUGGACAGAUGGGCGAUGCAGUUGGCGAGGUGUUCUUUUUAGAGAGAGACGUUCCACCUAUUGCUAAAGAAUUCCUUAAAGAUGACAGAAAAGAUCUGCUUUUAAAAACGACUGAUACUCUGAAAAACUUGUUUCUCUCGCUUCAUUUUAAUUCAUUAGACUCUUUGAGUGUCUAUAAAAAAUACAUUUUUCCAGUCAUAGAUAGACUCACUGAUGAGAAAGUUAUGGAACACAUGCAAUUUCUUAAGAACGAGGUACUUCCUAAUAAAACUAAUGAGUUACUCAAUGCUUUAGCAGCAGUAAAGUUUGUUCCGACGCAAUGUGGAGAAAGGAAGUGCGUUACUGAACUGCAUGACCCCAACAUAGAGUUGUUCACUCUACUGCUUUCUAAAGAUGACUUUCCGUCAGAUAUCUACGUAGAAGGUGAUUGGUUGAUUUUUUUAAAAUCGAUUGGUUUAAAAACUAAGGUCACUGUUGACUUAUUUGUCAAGUUUGCCAAGCAUGUCGAAGGAAUGAAGGAUUUGCAAGAAGCAACGAAACUAUCAAAAAAGCUAUGUGAAGAGUUGUCGGAGAGCGACUUAUUUUUGACCGCGAAAGAAGCCUUGUCGAAAAUUAAAUCCAUUAAUUUCAUAAUACCAUACAAAAUUAAUGAGCGUUUUGAAAAGAUUUCGGCCAGCAAAAACUUAAACCAGAAGAAGAUCUGCUUCAAUAACUCCUCGAUUCAAGAAUAUGAAAAGCUACUCUGGACAACAACCACAAUUCUUCCCAAGUACGCUGUGAGUACAAUACACCAAGCUACCCAACUUGGUGUUAUGUGUCCCGCACAGGACAAGCAACCAGGGUCAAACAUUUUCAUAGAUAGAGUUAUCCAGCAUAUUAAAAACAUCACUGAAUCGAUAACAAGCACAGAUACAGCGACACACAAGAAGCUGAAAGAAGAAGACGGAGAGGUGAUUGUUGAUAUAUUAAGUUCGUUUUACAAAUUUGUAGCUGAUACAGGUUCUGUGACACAAGAUAUCGCUCGCAUGUGUGGUGAAAUAAGCUGUAUAUUAGUUUGCCAUAGUAACGCCAUCGAUAUCCCAUCCAGAGCAUUUCUUUGUAAUGAUACCCAGCUUUCACCUUAUUUGAAUCCGGUUUUUCCCGGAUUUGAAAAUCAAUCUGGCGCUCUAGCAAAGAUUGGUUGCGCGAAGCAUCCAACUGCUAAAUCCUAUUGUGACAUGCUUGCUUCGGUCCAUUUAAAAAUUGGUGGAAAUGCACUUGAUAAUUCAGAUUUUCGCUUGGUAAAAAUAGCUUUGUUUCAACUCAGUGAAAGUUUGAAAGAGGUAAAAGAGAGUGAAUUGAAGGGUGUGGAAUUGUUUCUUCCAACUUCGGCUAUUAGACAAGAUGAAAUGCGAAUGACAAUAUCUAAGCAAGCCAUUUUUAUCAACGACUUGGAGAUGCUAAUAAGAUUGAAAUAUUGCAAAGAACAAGUUCUAUUGCUCUCUUAUGAAGAUGAUAAAAAUAAAAACGAUAGAUUAUCAUUUAAUCAAAGUUUGUAUGAACGCUUACCGUUGGAACUAAAGCCGAAAUUAAUCACGGAGGUGGUGAUUGAAUUCGUUGCAACCUGCCAGCAAGUCACAGUUAAUCAAGACCACGUUAGUAUGAAAGUUAAAUCCGUUUUGCAGUCACCGUUGUUUUUAAAAAGUUUAGCACGGCUUGUUAUGGACCGGGAGACAAAUUCUGGAAUGCGCAAAAAUACUUUUCAAAUGUUUAAGAAUGCGAAAAUAAUAGUCGUGAAAGAUUUAGUAACUAGUUUGACUUAUCGAGGAGAAGUUAUACUCGAUAGUAAAACGAAAAAAAUUUUUUUCGUUCAGAAGACUGAAACUGGUUUAGUUGUUUACGUUGCAGAGUCUGCUGUGGAAAGUAACUUCGACAAAAUACCUCCCCUGAUUUUUCAACUUUUCUGCGAAAUCUUCAAGCAAAAAGAAAAUGUUUUCUUGCAGUUAUUUCAUCCGCCCCCUGAUGGUCUGGAAAAGUUACUCGAACAGAAUGAUAUCAGGACUGUGAUUGAUAUGGCUGAAGUUGUGAAUUUCGAUCAAAUUGCCUGGAUGGAGCAAGACAUUGUCGAAUUUAAUAAAAAUGAAGCGGUUAUCGUCAGAGCAAAAAAGGAUCAAACGAAAUACUGUUACGGAAAAAUUGUUGCAGUUGAAAAGCAUACAAACAAAGCGUUGGCAGAGUGUCAAGUCAAGAUAUUUGAAAAUAUUACAGAAACUAUCAAAGCGAUGCAUUUGUACAGAUAUGAUGUUGUUGGAGGUCUGAAUGCAGAAACGAAAACAACAAAAAAUAAAAGUGCAAAAGAUCAAGAAGCGGAGAUCAGUUCAAUGUUGACAUGCAGCCAAGAUGAAGAAGAAGUAAAGAUAAUUUCACGUAGGUUGUACAUGAAACAUUUUACAAAUGACUCGAAAGAGUCACCUCUGUUUAACCAUGUGCAAAAAGAAAUAAAAAAGUUAAACAAAGAAAUAGAAAAAGAAUUCUCUGCAUGGAACCACGAAGCUAAAAUUUUAAAGCUCCGUAGAUGAUCCUGAGGACAACUCAAACGUAACAUAACUUAAAACAGCGCAUACCAGCACCAACGUAUUGAAGCACAAUGAUUUUUCAAACAAAAACUUCAACCGACAACAAAAAGUUCGAAAUGACUCACGCAUGGAAAAGCGACCUUCACAUAUUUCCCGCCUUUUUACUGUAAACGUUAACGUUUUCCCAACCUCGUCCCAAUGCUACAUCAUUUUUUCUCUGGCUACCUUUUAAGAAAAAAUGACGAAAAUAAAUUCUAGCGGGAAAACUUAAAGCUGUUUAUAGCAAUUGUCUUGAAAAUAAAAAUUGAACACUGUUUUUUUUCUGCAACAAGUUAUUAUAAGUGUUUUUUUAAGGUAGAUAUUUUAAGUAGUAGAGUACAAGUUUUGUUUUAGAAGUAAUCGCGUUGCUAAGGGCUGAGGCUGAAGUUUGGGUCAAUACUUAAGCAACUGGCUAGGCUGGAAAUUUAAAAAGUUAAGCCACUGCGACUUAAAUCUGAAUCACUGCAAACAACAACCUCUACAACAUCAACAAAAUAGUGUAAAGCUGAAUUGUUGUGGAAAUUAAAUAUGACUCUUAACAACUUCUAAGCAGGCUGAUAUUGCCCCUAGCAACUGAUAAAAAGAAACGUGUAAUUUUAAAACAAAUUUUAGUUUUUAUUAGAACAGAUUCAUUGGACUACUUUU